GCUCUGGAGACUGGCGGUGCUCAGGAACCGACGCGCUCAGACGCUGUUGUAAGACCAGGUGUCAGGCUCCACCGUUCGCCUCCUCUUCCUCUCUCCUGCUCUGCUGUGGCUGUCUCUAUCUGUAGCUCGCUGGCUAUUCUCUCUUGCGCGCGUGCGCUCGCUCACUCGUUGGCUGGGGCUUGGCUGGCUGAGCGGCGGAGUGCAUUAACACAGUGGACUACCUGCUGCCCGGUGAUUGUGUGCGCUGUGAAUACUCUGCGCUCCAAGUUGUUUUGGCUGCCAGUGAACGGCACUGUCCCUCGGAGUGGCAACUUGAAGGAGAUCUUCAGUGGCGGAGCCCAGGACCGGUAACCUGGAGCAAGUCUCUGGACCGGGAACAAAUGGAGGGUGUGGAGGCUUGACAAAAGGGGAACAGAGGAGAGGGAGACCGAGCCAGAGAGAGGGAAAUGAGCAGCUGAGCAGCUUCGGCUGUCAGGGAAAAAGGGGUGAAUAAGCGACAGCCUUUUUCAAUAGGAGAAAAACCAACCUGACACUUUCCGACAAAGGGAGGUAACAAGACGUCCCUGGUGAUUAGGUCCUGGAUGAGUGUGCCAUCAGGGGUUGACACGAGGAGACAAGGAUCAACACAGUAAAUCAGGCACAAUAACCCCUUUCUCUUCCGUUCUCUGUUUCUUUGUGAGUUUUAUUAUUCAGAUUUUUGGCUGUGGCUUGUCUUCUCGGGUAUUGUCAGUCUCUGGGAAAACAGAGCUGAGGAGAAGAUAACGGAACGGCGGGGAGGGGGAGAAGAUGUCCAUCUCCAACUUUCUGACCCGCUCUACUUCUUUUUCGGACCUGCUUUCUGGGCACUUCGUGGUGGCCUCUACGUGCUAGUGGCGUAGGGGAAGGGGGUCACAGGAACCCAAGAAGGAGGUGGUGAAAAAAAGAACCCCUUUUACACUCCUGAGAGCAUAUGGUUUAGCGAGCUGCGGUCAGCUGCUUAUUAUCCACGUUGCUAAUUGAACUAACAUUAGAUACAAGCUUGCUGCAGUGGGUUGGGUUGGGGGCCCGCUCUGAGGAGACAGUUGUGUUGCCAUGUUGCUGCUGGCUUUAUUUUGGUCCUGACUGGAGCUAUACGGAACAAUAAGCCAGCGGGCAGCCAAGUGAAUACAAAGAGACAGUUGUUGUUUUCCUUGGAGCGUUUUGUAAGGAAAAUAAAAGGAGGCUAAUGAAUGUCUUCGCAGCUCCAGAGCUGUACAAUAUCUAGCUCCAAGGCUCCCAGGCUGUCAGUCACUGGAGGCUGACGAAAGAUGCCUCCCCGCCAAGUCAACAGGAGCUUCUCUUGACAAAUGCUGAGGUGUUGUAUUGGAGCCUGUGUUGUGUUGUUCGGACUCCGGGGCCUCCAGUCCUUUGCAACGAUGGACCAAGGAUUACAAGAGAGAUCAGGGAGGCUUUUUACUGUGGAAUUACUGAACCACUGUUAAUGUGGAACUGUAGCACCUUUUGAUCUACACAAAUACACAAACACCCACCCACGCGCGCGCGUGCGCGCGCUUGCGCACACACACACACACACACACACACACACACACACACAUGCAUAUAGAGAAACAGACUCACAUGCAUCCAGACAUAUACACACUAACAAACCUACACACAUAACCUUUUACUACUGUGUCUUAUCACAACAUCCGUUCACACGCACACAGCAAUCUGUUUUCCUAGCCUUUUCAGAACUUGGAUUAAAAUGGAGACAGCGUGGACAGGUGGGGGUCUGUAGGAGCCCAGACCCUUCUGUCCUUUUCCCUCCAAAUGGAUGUUAUUAGUGUCCAUAAUGAGUUGCCUGGAAACCAUUAAAAGCUUCCGGUCGCGUCUUUCUGAAAGCGAGUGUGACUCCCUGUCCGCGCGGCAGACCGGCUGGGUUCAGGGCUCGGUGUACCAUCUGUAAACUAGCCUUUGGUUCCUCCCUCUCCUCCUCCCUCUAGUCAGAUUGAUUUCCUCGGCGGUUCUCCUCUCAGUCCGUUACUCAUACCUCCCACCGGGGAGGAACUCUGGAGGUGAAGCAUGACCAGCUGUCAUUACCCCACGCCGCCCCCUGAUGGGGACCGGAUGUACCAACACAAGGUGUCCCUGGUCGUGCGCUACUUCAUGAUCCCCUGUAACAUCUGCCUCAUCCUGCUGGCCACCUCCACUCUGGGCUUCGCCGUGCUGCUCUUCCUCAACAACUACAAACCUGUUCAUUUCACGCCAGCCCAGCCUCCUGACGGUUGCAGGGGAAUGCUUUGCGGCUUUGGUGCGGUGUGUGAGCGUGACGCGGCUGACCCCUCCAAGGCUCAGUGUGUCUGCAAGAAGACGUGUCCGACAGUGGUUGCCCCCGUGUGUGGCUCGGAUUCAUCCACCUACUCUAAUGAGUGUGAGCUGGAGAAAGCCCAGUGCAACACACAACGACGCAUCAAGGUUCUGCGCAAGGGACCCUGCGCCUUGAAAGACCCAUGCAGUGAAAUGACCUGCAGCUACGGCAGCACUUGCAUCCAGUCGUCAGAUGGCCAGUCAGCAAAAUGCAUGUGCCCGCUGAGCUGCGAAGGCAAGCCGGAGCAGGUGGUGUGUGGCAGUGACGGCCAGGACUAUCGCAACGAUUGUGAGCUGCACAAGAAAGCCUGCAACACCAAGAAGAACAUCCGCCUCCAAUUCCAGGGAUCCUGUGACCCGUGCAAAGACAGCGAGAACAAACUGAACGUUGUGUGCUCCGUGGAGCCGCGCAGCCGCAAGGUGGUCGCCAUUACUGACACGUCCUGCCCGCCCACCAACGACCCGCUGUGCGCUAGUGACGGUCAGACGUACGCCAGCGAGUGUCACAUGGGGCGGGUGGCCAUGCAGAAGGACGUCAAACUCAGGAAGAUCCAUGCGGGUCGCUGCAAGAAACAAGAGGAGUGCAGGGAGGAGUGCGCGUUCAACAGCGUGUGCCUUGUGGAGCGUCUGGGCGUGCGCUGCUCCUGCGAGCCAAUCCAGUGUGAUGGCACCUACAAGCCUCUGUGCGGCAAGGACGGGCGCACCUACGCCAACGACUGUGAGCGCCGGCGGGCCGAGUGCCAGGCCAAAGCCCCCAUCCCCGUCAAGCAGCAAGGCCCAUGCGAUCUGGACACGCCCAGCCCCUGCAAGGCCAAGUCCUGUGAGUUUGGCUCUGUGUGCGUGGUGAAGAACGACGAGCCCGUGUGCGAGUGCCCCGACGCCUGCCCUCAGACGCCCGACCCCGUGUGUGGCAGCGACGGCCAGAGUUACGGCAGCCAGUGUGAAAUGAGGGCCAUGGGCUGCGCCCUGCAGAAAGAGAUCCACAUCCACCGCAGAGGAUCAUGCGACAAGGCGUGUGCCAAUUGUUCAUUCGGGGCAAUCUGCGAUGCGCAGUCGGGUCGCUGCGUGUGCCCGCAGGAGUGUGUGGAGUCCCACCAACCAGUGUGCGGCAGCGACGGCUCCACCUAUAACAGCGAGUGUGAGCUCCACGUGCGCGCCUGUACCAAGCAGCUUGACCUCCGGGUCGUCGCCCAGGGAGAAUGCAGGACGUGUGGAAGCACCGUGUGUGCCUGGGGGGCCCGAUGCAUUCAGAACAAGUGUGAGUGCCCCCAGUGCCAGGCCCAGGCCUUCUCGCCGGUGUGUGGUAGUGAUGGCGUCACCUACGACAACGCGUGUGAGCUGGGCGUGGCGUCCUGUGUCCUCAAAAGGAAGAUUGAGGUGGCCAAGCCUGGCAGCUGCGAUGAAGAGUGUGGGUCAGGAGGAUCGGGCUCAGGUGUUGAGAGCUGCGAACAUGACAGGUGUCGUACCUUCGGAGGCUCAUGGGACGAGGAUGCGGAGGAAGACCGCUGUGUCUGUGAAUUUGACUGCCAUCGGGUGCCUCGCAACCAGGUGUGUGGCUCAGAUGGGAGGACCUACAACAACCAGUGUGAGUUGAAGAAGGCCAGGUGUGACAAACAGGAGCACCUGCAGAUCCAGAAUCAGGGACCCUGCACAGCAGUUUCUGUGCCGGAACUGACAGCGCCGCAACACUGCAGUCAAUCUGUUUAUGGAUGUUGCCGCGACAACAAGACGGCAGCCCUUGGUGUAGGACUAGCCGGAUGCGCUAGUACAUGCCAGUGUAACCCAUAUGGAUCCUACAAGGCCACUUGUGAACCGGCCAGCGGCCAGUGCUCCUGUAAGCCUGGUGUCGGGGGAAAGAAGUGCGACCGCUGUGACCCGGGCUUCUGGAACUUCCGCGGCAUCGUCACGGAGAACUUGAGCGGCUGCACACCGUGUAACUGCGACUCUGUGGGUUCAGUGAGGGACGACUGCGAGCAGAUGUCAGGCCUCUGCUCCUGCAAAACGGGAGUGAAGGGCAUGAAGUGCAACGUGUGCCCCGACGGCAGCAAGAUGGGCAUGAGCGGCUGUGUCACAGGUGCCAAUGCCCCGACCUCAUGUAAAGAGCUGGACUGCAAGUUUGGCUCAUCAUGUGUUGAGAUCAACGGUCAAGCCCACUGCGAAUGCCCCUCGCCCGACUGUGGCGACAAGAACAAGACCAAGGUGUGUGGCUCUGAUGGGGUGACAUACGCUGACAAGUGCCAGCUGAGGACCAUUGCCUGUAGGCAAGACAAGCACAUCACAGUGGAACACUUCGGCCAGUGCACAGAAAGCAUCGCCGAGCCGGCCGGCCGACCCGCCUUUAAUACCCCCACCCCCCGCACCACCACCCCUUCCACUGCCCACGUCAGGCUCACGUCGCCAGGCCGUUUCACUUCCACCUCCCCCCAGGACGAGGACCAAGCGCAGGACCCGUUGGUCUUGUAUGCCGUGCCCACCCCCAUGCCCGAGGAUGAUGACAUUUUCACUGAGGCCUCCACGUCCGCCAUGGCCACGGAGGGAGCGCUCGCUGCCAACCACCCUGUCACCACCCCCCACCCCCCACCUCACCUCACCAUCCCCCGCCUUCCCAGCCACACCAGCCCUGGCUCUUCCCAUGCCACCUUCGAGGACUCAGGGAGCGGCCAGCCCAGUGGAGAUGACCAGGGGGAGGAGGAGGCCAGCGGCAUGGAGGUGUCGGAGGCAAGCGGAGAGGAGCCAGUUGACCCUGAGGCGGUGGGCACUACCACCCCCACGGCAGAAGAACGCUCAUCGUGCGACAACACACCUUACGGCUGCUGUCCUGACGGCAAAACGGCUUCAAGCAGCCCGGAGGGAGCCAACUGCCCCUCAACCAUGAGGUUCAGUGGCUUCCUGCACCUGGACCAGGUGGAGGGCCAGGAGGUCUUCUACACCCCUGAGAUGGAGGAUCCCAAAUCUGAGCUGUUUGGAGAGACAGCCAGGAGCAUCGAGAGUGCUCUGAAUGAGUUGUUCCGCAAGUCGGAGGUGCAGAAGGACUUCAUGACCGUCCGUGUCCGCAGCCUGGCUCCCAGCAACUCCAUCCUGGCCUUCGUCGAGGCCCACUUUGACCCAGAGACCAGGUACAACGUGGAGGACAUCAACGGAGCCUUGCUCAAGCAGCUGAAAGCGGCUAAAGAGACUGCCAUCGUGGUGAAGAAACCAGAGGAAGAGAAUAUUCAGUUCACCAACUACGGCAUCUCGUCCCUCCCCUACUUCACCACCACCACAGCCACCACCCCCACAGCCAGCACCACCACCAGCACCACCUUGCCGCCCCCAACGUCCUCCUUCAUCACGAGCCCUCGCCCCUACACCACCCGCCGCCCAUACACCAGCCGCCGGACAACCACCACCCCGGCAUCUACCACUACCUCGGCGCCUGCCUCCACCUCCACCGCUUCUCCCCUCCCCAGGGCCAGGCCCGUGACCCACCACACGAAGGCCCCUCGGCCCUGCGACUCACACCCCUGCCGCCACGGGGGAACGUGCGAGGUCAACGGCACUGACUUCACCUGCAUCUGCCCUGCCGGCCGAGGGGGCUCCGUCUGUGAGAAAUUGAUCAAGUAUUUCAUCCCGUCAUUCGGGGGUAAGUCCUACCUGGCCUUUGACACCAUGAAAGCAUACCACACGGUCCGCAUCGCUAUGGAGUUCAGGGCCGCCGAGAUGACGGGCAUCCUGCUCUUCAACGGCCAGGAUGGCAAGAAGGACUUCCUGUCCCUCACCCUGGUCAACGGCAAGGUGGAGCUGAAAUUCAAUACUGGCUCCGGCACCGGGACCCUGGUCAGUCAGGUCCAGAUAAAGCAGGGUCGCUGGCACCAGCUGGUGGUGACGCGGAACCGGCGCAACGCCAUGCUGAGCGUGGACAACGAGCCCCAGAUCGAAGGCUCCAGCCCCCCCGGCACCGACGGCCUCAACCUGGACACAAACCUGUUCAUCGGAGGGGUGCCUGAGGACAUGGUGCCAGAUGCGAAGGAGAGGACCUCCAUCGGCACCGGUCUGGUGGGCUGUGUGCGCAUGCUGGACGUCAACAACCUGGUGUACAACCUGCAGGAAAAGGGCGACAAGGUGCUGUACGGUACGGGCGUGGGCGAGUGUGGCAACAAUCCCUGCCAGCCCAACCCCUGCAGGAACGGUGCCUCGUGUCAGGUCAAGGAGGCCGAGAUGUUCCACUGCACGUGUGUCAACGGCUUCUCCGGUCCAACAUGUGCCGACAGCCACAACCCGUGCGAGCCCAACCUGUGCCACCGCUCGUCCCAGUGCCAGGUGCUGCCAGAGGGAGGGUACAAGUGUGAGUGUUCAAUGGGUCGUGAAGGACGCCACUGUGAGAGAGUGACGGAAAAGAAAGGUACCUACAUGCCAUUCUUUAGCGGUGACUCUUACCUUGAGCUGAAAGGAUUACACACCUAUGGACACGAUCUCCACCAAAAGAUCAGCAUGACAGUGGUGCUCUUGGCCAACGACUCCAAUGGCAUGAUCUUCUACAACGGCCAGAAAACUGAUGGCAAAGGGGACUUCAUCUCCCUCGCCCUCAAUGACGGCAUCUUGGAGUUCCGCUACGACCUGGGAAAGGGCCCUGCAGUCAUCAGGAGUAAAGAUAAGAUGAAGAUGGGUGUGUGGAACACAGUGAAUCUGGAGCGGGCAAGUCGCAAGGGAGAAAUUAACAUCAACGGAAAGGACCCAGUGAGAGGAGAGUCACCGAAAUCACGCAAGAACCAACACACUGCUCUCAACCUGAAGGAGUCCCUGUUCGUGGGUGGUGCCCCUGAUUUCAGCCGCCUAGCAAGGGCCGCCUCGCUUAAAGAUGGCUUCAAGGGGGCCAUUCAGAAGAUCACCCUUAUGGGCACACCCAUCCUGCGUCAGGAGAAUGCGCUGCACUCCAGUGAUGUGGCCAUGUUUGAGGGCCACCCAUGCAGCCGGGAGCCCUGCAACAAUGGGGGCCGCUGCAAUCCCGUGCUGGAGAGCCACGAGUGUGUCUGCCAGCAUGGCUUCACCGGCACACAAUGUCAGAAUGCCGUCUUCGAGAAGUCCGCUGGAGAAACAGAGUCCAUUGCCUUUGAUGGACGGACAUUCAUCGAGUACCACAACGCCGUCACCAAAAGCCAACUGACCAAUGAGAUUCCAGACCCUGAGUCACUGGAGAACCCAUCGGAUCAGAGUGAGAAGGCCCUGCUAGUGAACAAGUUCGAGCUCACCAUCAAGACAGAGGCCACCCAGGGCCUGGUGCUGUGGAGCGGUAAGGGCGUGGAGCGAUCCGACUACAUCGCCCUGGCAGUGGUAGACGGGCGCGUGCAGAUGACCUACGACCUGGGCUCCAAGCCUGUGGUCGUGCGCUCAACGGUGCGCGUCAACACCAACCGCUGGAUACGCAUCAAGGCCAGCAGAGCACUUAGGGACGGCUCUCUACAGGUGGGCAACGAGGCGGCAGUCACAGGGUCAUCGCCCCUGGCAGCCACGCAGCUGGACACGGACGGAGCGCUCUGGUUGGGUGGCUUGGAGGAGUUGGCAGUUGCCCGCAGAUUGCCCAAGGCCUACAGCACGGGCUUCGUGGGAUGCGUGAAGGACGUGGUGGUGGACGGCGUGGAGCUCCAUCUGGUGGAGGAUGCCCUGAACAGCCCCAAAAUAUUACACUGUUCUGCAGCGAUGGCUAAAAAGUAGCCUGGCUAAUACCACUCCCUCCAUAAACGCCAUGUCUACUGCUGUAAUUAUUUUCUAUUUUUGUAUACUUUUCAUCGCUUUUUAUAUCAAAAGAAAAAAAGAAUACAUAAUUUUAAUUUUUGUUUUUACAUUUUAUUUUAAUAUUUUAUCUGCGCCUCCUGUUCAUUCAUAAUACACCUCCUGAAAUGUGUACAUAAGUAUGUAUACUCAUACUGUAUGUUUGUGUGGUGUAGCGAGAUGAGAAAGCUGUAUCAAUUGUAUUGUUUUGUUUUUUUAAAACAAGCGCGAACAAAACCUCUCCCUCGCUCAUUACUUGAACACUGGUGAACCACAUUGGUGCUCUCUAUGAUGGCCUUGUCUUGUUGCCAUAUCAUUCUCUACCAUGACUUGACACAGACUUUAUUCACACAGUACCUACAGGACAAACAAACAUACAAACAUUCCCCUGUAAGAUGAAUGCAGUAGACAUACAGUACUACAGUUACCUGUGUAGUGUUCAUUAGACCACAUUGUUGCAAAACGUUUUACAAAAUGUUGCAAUAGAAAACCAAGUCCAGGUUGUCCUACCUACUUUCAGUUUUUUUUUUUUCUGUUUGGCGCAUAAUGACCCUGGUAUCAAAACCCCUGUGCUUGGUCCUGAAUAGGCACAAGUGUACUCCAUAUCAAUGAAGCUAAUCAAAUGUAGCUUCUGUAACCACUUCAUCAAACUCCUCACACAAAUGCUCUCAGUUUCAUCUAAAUCAAAAACUGAGACUAGCUUUGAAAUGCCCUGCUAACUAAUCACCGACCUCCAGAGCUGAACAGAGACAAAGUGCCCUGCGUUCCAGAACAACCUUUAACACAUCAUCAUUCCGCAUCAUGCAUCAAUCAAGAAAUUGAAUAGUAAUUUACAUAUUAAGUAAUAAAUAUAAAUAUAGAGUAUAUAAAUACCUGAGACUGUGAAUAUGUAAGAUUGGUUCUCUUCUCAACAAUUGUGCUUUUCAUGUAUUGUGCAUUUUAUUUUACAAUCAGUAAAGCUAACUAGAUGACAACUGGUUGCAUGCAAUUUCUGCAUUGUUGAUUUUGUUUUCGUUGCUUUCCGUUUUCCAAAACGUGUCGCGGGUCAAGUGAAUUACGUGUUGGUGAACAUGUUUUGUUUUACAAAACCGUUAAACUAUUUUCCUCUCACCUCAUUUCACUGAGCUAGGUUAACUUUCAUUUUGGCUGGGUCCUUUUUAGAGCAGUUGUGUUUUUUUAUUGGUGCAGUUAAUUGAGCUGAACAUGGAAUGAUACAAGAGACCAAUUUCUUGGUACCGCAUCUGGCCUGAUGAGGGUGCUGUAAGCUCAGGCGGAGGAGGAAGAGGGAAAAUAUACCAUGGGGGCCACUAAAGACUCUUAAAAGCUCAGAUAUGUAAUUUUUCCAUCAUCAACCAAGUUCUUAAAUUUUCCAAACUAGUUUUUUCUUUCAAAAUUGGAAUGAAAAAUGCAAGUACUCUCACUUUAUUAGACUGUUCUAUCUCUUGCUGUUGACAAAGGGAUAAUGUGAUAGGUUUUGUCAUUUGGCAGCAAAAUGAGAGAAAAACAUUGCUAACUUAAUCUCAAAUGAAUCUGCCAAUAAACAUACUAAUGCAUGGGUUUGUAUUGCCAAAAUGAAUUCAGUCCAAAAACUGAUGAUGCAACGCAAAAACCUCUGCUGAACUAAACAUCAAUGACCUACUCUGUUUUGAUAUAUACAAUUCUUGGUAACGUUAUAAGACAAAACAAAUGCUUGUUUGUGGUUGAGUAUCAAUGGUAUUGUAGGCUACUAGUUUUUUGUUUUUUUAUUCAUUUUUUUCUCCCAAAACAAAAGCGGCCAUUUUGUACAGCCCUGCAAUUUGUAAAUUUAGCAAUGUGUAAAACUGUGGAGGUUAUGUUUUUAGUACUAUACACUGGAACCUGACUACAAAUAAUGAUGUUCUUAUGUCAGUGGGGAGGGAAUGAUGAGAAGAGCAUUGGAGCAUAUGGCUUUUGAGUGUCCAAUCCAUGACCAGGAAGUCUGUCUGUCUGUCUGUGUGUGUGUGUGUGUGUGUGUGUGUACACCACAGUAUAUACAUGUUGUAUUACUGUUGAAUUUGACUUAUUCCAAUACUUGUGCAUGAACAAUGAGUUCCUGUGUUAUUGACACUCGGAAGGCAAGUGAAACAGACUCAAGAGUAAGACAGACAUAAUCUAAUGUGGACAAUACUGUCUAUGAAUUGCCUUAAAACAGGUCACUGGCCCACCAGUUGACAAAGUUGUCGUCCAUACUGUUCUGUGCUCUUACUUUAGCCAGCAUACUCAUCCCCAUCAUGUAAAUUAGUACAUAAUAAUUAUAUUAAUAACAAUGCUUCUGCAAAUCCAAUUUUCUCGCAGCAUCAAAAAUGGCUGCCUCUGGGUUUUACAAAAAAUAUAUACUAUUUACUGUUUGAAUAUAUUUUCUGUUCUUUAUUUAUGUCUUCAUGUGAAUUCCCUCCACCGUCUGGCCUCUGUAAACUACUUUAAUUGAGACGCUCCUGAAGGGCAGUGCACCAAGUGAGAGUAGCAUGACCUGACCAUUACUAACUUUAUUACCUUUGUCUUGUGUUCCUACCACCAUGAAAUAAAGUGUCAAACAAAAGGA